GGGCCCUGUGGCUGGCCAGGACGCAAGACCCUGGCAUUUUGUAAAAAGUGCUGGAGUUGAGGCCGGCAGAACACUGAACGGCGGGAGCUAGCCAAGGCCAAGGCCUUCAGUGCCAACCGCGAGACUACUGUCUGCCAAAAUGUCUGAAAGAUCAGAUCUCCUUCACUUCAAGUUUGAAAAUUAUGGAGAUUCAAUGUUACAAAAAAUGAACAAAUUAAGAGAAGAGAAUAAAUUCUGUGAUGUUACAGUUCUCAUAGAUGAUGUUGAGGUGCAGGGGCAUAAAAUUGUUUUUGCUGCAGGUUCCCCCUUCUUAAGAGACCAGUUUUUACUGAAUGAUUCCCGAGAGGUGAAAAUCUCCAUAUUACAGAGUUCUGACGUGGGGAGACAAUUGCUCUUGUCCUGUUAUAGUGGUGUGCUGGAAUUCCCUGAGAUGGAACUGGUAAAUUACCUGACUGCUGCGAGCUUUCUUCAGAUGAGCCACAUUGUAGAACGGUGCACACAGGCGCUGUGGAAGUUUAUAAAGCCAAAACAAGCAAUGGAUAGUAAAGAGGGAUGUGAACCACAGAGUGCUUCUCCCCAGUCGAAAGAACAGCAGGGAGAUGCCAGAGGCUCUCCAAAACAGGACUUACCUUGUAUUCACCCAUCUGAAGACAGUAUGGAUAUGGAGGACAGUGACAUUCAGAUUGUUAAGGUAGAAUCUAUUGGGGAUGUAUCAGAGGUUAGAAGUAAAAAAGAUCAGAACCAGUACAUGUCUUCUGAGCCCACUGCUUUACAUUCAUCAGAGCCCCAGCACUCCCUGAUAAACUCAACUGUGGAAAACAGAGUAAAUGAACUAGACCAGAGUCAUCUCCACAAUUACGCCCUCUCUUACACAGGCAAUGAUGACAUCAUCAUGACCUCAAAAGAUGUCUUUGGGCCUAAUAUUCGAGGUGUAGACAAAGGCUUACAGUGGCAUCACCAGUGCCCAAAGUGUACCAGGGUGUUCCGUCACCUGGAGAACUACGCCAACCAUUUAAAAAUGCACAAACUCUUUAUGUGUCUACUCUGCGGCAAGACUUUCACUCAGAAAGGCAAUCUUCAUCGACACAUGCGUGUACAUGCCGGAAUUAAACCUUUCCAGUGUAAAAUCUGUGGGAAAACCUUUUCUCAGAAGUGUUCCUUACAGGACCAUCUUAACCUUCACAGUGGAGAUAAGCCCCAUAAAUGUAACUAUUGUGACAUGGUUUUUGCACAUAAGCCAGUUUUGAGGAAACACCUUAAACAGCUGCAUGGCAAAAACAGCUUUGAUAAUGCCAAUGAAAGGAAUGUACAAGACCUCACAGUGGAUUUUGAUUCUUUUGCAUGUACAACAGUCACAGACUCUAAAGGUUGUCAGCCACAACCUGAUGCAACACAGGUCCUGGAUGCAGGUAAACUGACCCAAGCUGUCCUCAGCUUAAGGAGUGAUAGUACAUGUGUAAAUUGAAUAGGGCCUAGUGCUCACAGCCAGAGUUGAUGUGAGUGUGGCAAUGGUUGCUGAGUCUUUUUCCGAGUGAUUUGAUAGUUUCUUCUCCCAAGCCUCCAAGCAGGUGGUAGUGGGUGAGUGGAAGCUCUAACAGACCAGGCAACUCCCACCUGCAGUGGCUUUGCAUUCCUUUGGUCCUUUCCUGGUUCUUUUUUGAGUUAUUUAUCCUGUGAUGUCUGUUUUCCUUUCCUAAGGAGUAAUUCCAUUUGUCUACCUAGUGUCGAUGUAUGUCUUAGACUGACACUAUUUUAAUCUUUUUACAAAGCACAUACUGAAGGUACCAACAAAUAACCUUACCUCCUUCCUACUAAUAGAUGCUGUGCUUAGGAAAGUAAAUAUUUUUCCUUUGGGGAAAAAAUGAGGAUGGGAUAUGAGGUGAUACUGCUGUUGACCUAAAUAUGUGAUAGAGCCUCUGUUUGUCUACUGUGAUUCAUCCAAGGCUGAUGAGUGAAUCUGCUUCCUGUCAUUUGUACUUUUUUUUGGAGCUGCUACGAAGAAGUAUGUUGGUUUGUACUUCAAACACUAACACAGCCCAUCAAAUUUUCCUUAUAACCCAGAAUACAAUCCUUUCAGCAACAUCUACAGACAAAUAGGGACCAUCAUGAGGAAGAUAAUCAGUAAAUGAUAGAAAUAUAAUAGAACAACAGGGGUACAUGGAUAGCUUCCUAAAUAUUCUGUCCCAAGAAGAGGCCAGCUGCUUAUGUAUGUACUCUGCUGAUACUUUUGUAAUUGGAAGUUCUUUAAGCAUACUUAAGUGAGCUAAAGAAUAAUGGACUAUGUUGGAGUUAUACUUUGUAACCGUUUAUGCUUAAAGGUACAUUUGGCCAUAACUUUUGUCCGGUAUACAUUGUCUCCAGGUUUUCCUUUUCACAUGUACCUUCAUCUUGGAAACAGAUGAAAAAAAAAUUAGUGAGAUACAGAAGAACAACCAGAAUUUUUGCAUUUUGAUGGUCUUAGAGGUACACAAUACACUGUCCACUUUGCUCCCAUUGAUAGUUGACUUUAAAGGAUGGGGGGAAAAGUCUUUAUUCUUAAGUAAAUUUCAGACACAAUUUUGAGUCUGUUUCUGACCCAAGGGUUACAGUGAGGUAAUGGAAUUGCUUAGAGAACUUGAAACUCUCGAAAGGUUGCUUAUACUAUCUCAUUUUUUAAAUUUAAUUUUUUAUUUAUUACAAUUUAUUCACUUUGUAUCCUAGCUGGAGCCUCCUCUCUUGUCCCAAUCCCAGAUUCCCUUCCUCUUCUCCUUUGCUCCUCUCCCAGUUUACUGAUAGGGGAGGUCUUCCUCCCCUUCCAUCUGACCUUAGCCUAUCAGGUCUCGUCAGUAGCAGCUUUAUUCAUAAUAGACAGAACCUGGAUACAACCCAGAUGUCCCUCAACUGAGGAAUGGAUCUAGAAGUUAUGGUAAAUUUACACAAUGGAAUACUACACAGCAAUUACAAACAAGGAAAUCAUGAAAUUUUCAGGCAAAUGGUGGGAACUAGAAAAGAUCAACCUGAGUGAGGUAUCCCAGAAGCAGAAAGACACACAUGGUGUAUACUCACUUAUAAGUGGAUAUUAGACAAAUAAUACAGGAUAAACAUACUAAAAUCUGUACACCUAAAGAAGCUAAGCAAGAAGGAGGACCCUGGGUAAGAUGCUCAAUCCUCAUUCAGAAAAGGCAAAGAGGAUGGACAUCAGAAGAGGGAGAAAACGGAUAAGGACAGGAGCCUACCACAGAAGGCCUCUGGUAGCCUGGCCACCAUUGGCCAAAAUAUACCUGAUUAAAUAUGAAUGACUGUCCCCAUACAUCUCUACCACUAUACCUUGGCUUUAAAAAAUGGUCAAUAGUAAUACAUUACCAGAAAGUUUCCAGUUUUGUUUCACUAUUGUACAUCUGUCUUGGCUUUCGUAGACAGCCAAGAAUUUGCCAACAAAAUGUCACAAAAGGACUUGUGAUAAUUACUUUUCAAAAUGUAUUUUAGUGACUUGUGCCUGUAAUCUCAGAAUUGAUUAAGUUGUAGGAGGGAUGCUCUAACUUAGAGGCCUGUCUGGGCUACAGAGUGAGGCCCUAUUUCAAAAGACUGAUUAAAUACAGUUAUUUUACUGUAGUGCUGGAAGCCAAAUCCAGCGCUUCACAUGUGCUGGGCAAGCACUGUGCCGCUGAGGUACAGCCCUGGCCUGGUGAUUGGCUUUUUUUAGCUAGAUGAAAAUUGCAUCAUUUCUAAGUGAGUGAUUGGCCUGGCUACGAAGGGAAAGACAAGUUAGAAUAAUGUGAGAAGGAACCAAAUAUGAAACUGAUUUUGUCUAAGAAACUUUAUUUCCACUAGACUGUUGUUUCUGUUUUCAAGCUAUGCUAGUACAUGGAUAGAUAAUCCAAAAAUUAAACUUAAUUUCUAUAUAGAUGCCAAGAAGUCUUAAUUUCUUAUAAUUUGCUAUAUUUACACAUGGCUCGAUUUGAGGAAUAAUUUCUCUAAUGCUAACUAUUUAAAUAUGAGAACAGUUGGCUAAUUAGACUGGCAGGCACUUAUGGUCAACAUCUCUCAGUGUAUGGUCUAACAAUGCUUCCUAGCAUUCUGAAUUUUGCAUGAUUCGUCCAAAGAGCACUGAUUCUAUGCAACAAUGGCACUCUGCUCAUCCAGUGUUUUCAAUAUUUUCUCUGAACAUCAUUUUUUUCAUAGGAAAUUUUCAAGAUGGUGGGGCUCCACUUGCUCAUAUUCUUGUCCAGUUCCUGUUAGUAGUUUGAAAACUAAAACCAACAUGGGUUCAAAUAGUACUGGUUUCUCUGGCUAGAGGCUAUUUCUUGAUUUAUUUCACUCCCUAAGAAGCCUUUUCUUUUCUUUUUUUUAAUGCGGGGGAAUUUGAACCUAAGGCCUCAUGCAUGGUACACACGUACUCUACCACUGAGCUACUCCCUCAUCCUCAAGGAGCGUUAGUAAGCAACUGGUAUUUCCAGGUGCUGUGUUAUAGUAUGAGGUUAGGAAAGUAGGAUUGAUAUCUUCUCUGCCCUUACAGGGCUUACAGUGUCAAGUAAUUUUAGUGAGAAGAGGUCUCAGAUUUACUUCCUAAGAAUAAAAUUGCUUUGUUUUGGUUAAUUGUUUAAAGCAGUAGUUCUCAACCUGUGGGUCAUGACCCCUUUUAGGGCUGCGGUUUUCACUGGAGUUGCCCAAGACCAUAGGAAAACACAGAUAUUUACAUUAUGAUUUAUAACAGUAGCAAAAUUGCAGUUAUGAAGUAGCAAUGGAAGUAAUUUUAUGGUUGGGGUCACCACAUCAUGAGAAACUGUAUUAAAGGGUCACAGCAUUAGGAAGGUUGAGAACCACUGACAAAGUCAGCUUUCUUAGGAUUUUCUGUUAUUAAAAUAUUUUGUUCUGUUUUCAAGUGCAAACCACUUACCUAGUUUGUGGUCCCUUCCUUUUCUUGGCUGAAGAAGUCUUAAUUCUGUGAGACAUUUAAUUUUGUUGGGACUUGGGUUCUUUGCUUACAUGUUUCUCAGAUUUUAUAGCAAAGAGGUCAAGUUAUUGAAGGGAUUUAUAUUUUAUAGUGGAAGAAGGCUUUUAACACUAGUGAUUAUAUUGGGGGGGGUGAACUCAUCAUUAGGUUUUGGUUUUUGUUUUGAGGCGGGAUCUUACUGUGUACCCUUUGCUGCCUCAGCCUCCCGAGUGCUGGGAUUAAAGGUGUGUGCCACCAUGCCAGGCUCAGUAUUUGUGUUGUAUGGAUUCUAGGAAAACUUUGAAAGGAAGAGGACUCUUUUUACUGUAGUUUUUUUAUUUAGUUAUUUAUUUAUUAUUUAAUAUUAAAACAAGCUCCAAACUGAAGUGGCUCUGAGGUAAAUCAGGUGUGGUUUUGCAUUAGUUUAGAAAAUGUGUAAGUGAAUGGUGACUAGUGACACCAUUUCUGAAAUACUGUCCUAAACAAACAACUUAGAACAUUUUAUUUCAGCUCAUGAAUGGCUGUUCUAAAUCUGUUGUAUGUUAGACAUACUUUCAACUACCUCUUUACUUAAAAUGGGGAAGUUUCCUUAAUAAAAUUUGACAAUUAAA